AUGCCUGAAUACAUCAUUAGAGGCGUUACAGUAAACUUUCCGUAUCAAGCCUAUCCAUGCCAAGAAUUAUAUAUGGAACGAGUAAUUCAAUGUCUACAAGAAUCUAUUCAAGAAAAACAAGAAAAUCCGAUUGCAAUUUGUUCUCGGAAUGCACUCUUGGAAUCUCCGACGGGUACAGGUAAAACAAUGUGUUUACUUUGUUCCGCUUACGCCUGGCUCAUUGAUUAUAAGAAGAAAUCAUAUGGAACAGGAACAAUGCCUAAAAUCAUUUUCACAUCCAGAACUCACUCUCAAUUGACUCAUGCAAUUCAAGAAUUAAAAAGAUCAGCCUACGUUCCUGAAAUUGUUGUAAUGGGUUCAAGAGAACAAAUGUGCGUCAACCCAGAUGUUGUUUCUCUCAAAGGUUUUCAACAAGUUUCAAAAUGUUCUUCUCUAGUGAGAUCUGGUGGUUGCAAAUAUCAUGCAAAAUUUACAGAGAUGAAAAAAUCGGGAGACUUAUUUCAUCACGAAACUGAAGAUGAAAUUGAGGACAUUGAGGAUUUAUUGACAAAAGGAUUGAAGAACAAUUUUUGCCCAUUUUUCUAUGCUCGUGAAAAACAAAAAUGUGCAGAAAUUAUAUUUAUGCCUUACAAUUAUUUAAUUGACCCACUUUUACGAAAAAAAGUGAAUGUAGACAUUACGAAUUCUAUUAUAAUAUUUGAUGAAGCUCACAAUAUACAAAAACUAUGUGCUGAGGCUUCAUCUUUUGAUUUUUCAGCUAUUAAUAUUUGUAAAGCAAUUGCUGAAAUUGAAAAAUGCAGAUCAGAGCUUGACAAAAUCAGUACAGAUCCAUUAGAAAAUGCAAGAUCUCUAGAAUUGAAAACUGAUUGCUUGGACAUUUCUUCAGCAUUGUUAGAUUUAGAUAUUCAUUUGGAUGAUAUGGAAAUAUCUGACGAUGGCUAUACCGCAACCGGUGACACUAUUUUUGAUAUUUUUUCUUAUGCAUCUGUUCAUCCUUCAACAUGGGAGUCAUUCAAUGAAAAGAUCAAGAGUAUUUGCAAUUUUCUUCAAAGCAAGAAACAAAAUUGUUCUGGACUUGAAAGAGUGAAAGAAGCUAUUGAAAGAAUAUUCUCAGAUUUUAAUUCAUCUUCAGAAGUAUUUAAAAACUAUUUCAAAGUAUUUAUUUAUUACUCAAAGAGGCAACCAGGAGUUAUGAAUACUAACCUCUCCUCUGAGCAUUUACAACUCUAUUCAGAUGUUUUAAGCACAAGAGAUCGAAAGAAAGAUUUUAGAAAAACAAAAACACUUUCAUUUUGGUGUUUCAAUCCAGGCAUUUCCAUGCAAAAACUUGCAAGUGAAAAUCCAUUAGCAUUUAUUCUCACAUCAGGAACAUUAUCACCAAUGGAAUCAUUUGCAUACGAACUUGGACUUAACUUUCCAAUUCGAUUAGAAAAUCCACAUGUGGUAUCUAAGGAUCAAAUUUGUGUGAUGGUCGCUCAGACAGGACCAACUGGAACCAAACUCAACUCGAGUUACACGAACCGAGCAUCUGAAUCUUAUUUGAGGGAAAUUGGAGGAACAUUGUUGAAUUUAUCUAAAAUUGUUCCUGAUGGUCUAUUGGUAUUCUUUCCUUCGUAUACAUUGAUGGAUCAGUGUGUGGAAUUGUGGAAAAAAUCGAUGGGUGGAUCAAAAUCAAUUUGGGAGAGUGUCAGUCAAAACAAAAUCAUUAUUGUGGAACCCAAAGAAUCGACCAAACUCAAUCAAUCGAUCAGAGACUAUGAAGAUUCUAUUACGAAUAGAAAAGAAAAAACAACAGGUGCAUGUUUCUUUGCAGUUUGUAGAGGAAGAGUAAGCGAAGGUUUAGACUUUAAAAAUCGAAAUGGUCGUUGCUGUAUGAUUGUUGGAUUACCAUUUCCUCCACUUCAUGAUCUGAAAGUGAAACUUAAAAGAGAUUAUCUUGAUGAAACAGCUCAAAUAAUGAUCAAGGAAAAUCCAAAUGCAAAACCAAUGACAGGAUCUGAUUGGUAUGCUCAAGAAUCAUCUCGAGCUGUGAAUCAAGCUAUUGGUAGAAUUAUUAGACAUCGUUACGAUUAUGGUGCUGUAGUGUUGUGUGAUGAAAGAUUUGUUUAUCAAAAUCAGAGAAAACAACUCUCCAAAUGGCUUCAACCUCAUGUGAAAGUUGCUAACCAAUUUGGUGAAAUUUCUAAUGGAAUAUCCAUGUUCUUUAAGAAUGCAUUUCAGAAAUUUGGACUUGAAAGCGAAAAAGUGAAACCACCCAAUGCACCUGUCAUUAAGAAACUUCCAAGAUUUUCCUUAAAUUUAACAGAAUUGUACAACAAAUCAAAAAGUACUUCAGAGUUGUUACCUCAACGAAACAUUUAUCAUGAAGAUUAUGAAGAGUAUCGAAAUGAAAUUGGAAAUAUUCAGGAUGUUCCACUCACUGAGGAAGGAAUUACACCACAAGGAAUAUCUUCUUCAUCAAAUUCAUUACAACAUUACAAGAAUUCACUCGAUGUAUCUUUAUCAGUGAAUGAUCCAAAGAGAAGUAUUACCAAACAACAACAACAACCAAAUAUUGCAGGACAGAGAUCUUCUGUGAUACCAUCCAUUUCCUCAACAGCAACAACAACAUCAAACAGUAACAACAGCAACAACAACAACACGAAUCAUCAUUCUGUAACAUCCUCCUUCUCGUCAUUAUCUCCAAAAGAUCAUCCUCCUCUCAAGAGAAACGUUGUUCUCAACAGUUUUGUGAAUCCCAACUCAGAAUUUUUAAAUCCACAAUUAAGGAGCUCACCAUCGAGUGGUCACAGUACUCCUGUGAGUUCAAAGACUUCAAGCACCUCUACAUUGAAAGAAUCCCAAUCAUCAUCUUCUUCUUCGUCUAAAAAUUCUGCUGAAUAUUUACAACAAGUGAAAUCAACACUCACUGCUGAUCAGUACAAAGAAUUUAAAAAUCUUCUCAUUCAAUUCAGAGAACAUAACUCUAAGGACUCAAAGAAUACUUCUAAUACCUUCCUUCACUUGGUAAAGAAGUUAAUUGGACUUUUUGGAGCCUCAAACAUUGAAAUUAUUGAAAAGUUCAAAAAUUUCAUUUCACCAAAAUUACACAAUUCCUUCGAUGAAAUUGUCAAAAAGCAAAUAUUACUUCAUGGUGAUGAGGACUCAAAGAAGAGAAAACAAGAGCAUGUACAAUUUGAUUUAGUGAGUGGAACAUUGACCAAGAAAACAAAAACACUACCAUUGAGUAACACGAGUUCAAAACCAAUUGUGAUCGAAGAUGACGACAAAGUGAAUAUACCAUUGAAAGAAGAUAUUCCACUCACACUUGAAUCUUGCUCGGAUCUUACAACAACUGACACUAUUAAUGUGAAUUUCAACAUCAACACUUCAUCAUCUAUUCAUCAACAACCAAUACAAACUGAUCAAGAAGAGCCAAAACCAACAUCUGGUACUGUGUGUAGCAUUUGCAAAGAACCCUGCAAAGAACCGACAGCAGCCAAAUGUGGACAUGUGAAUUGCUACAGUUGUUGGCAGCAAUGGUUAAACUACAAACUUGAAUGUCCUACCUGUAAGUCAAAAGUUAGGCCCAAACUUCUGACUCGACUAUUCUUUUGA